CUGCACCCGUCACUAAGGACAGGCAGCUCACUGUUCUCUGCUCUAUGAAACUUGCUUAUACCGAGUGAGCGUUGAUACCGUUGAUGAUGUUGGAGAGUGUUGUGGUAAUAGUGACUCUGGUGCAAGGUCUGGCGGGCCUCGACAAUCAUGGUGACCGCUCGCAGGAAGAAAACUAUCAGCGAGAAGUUCAGGAACUUCCUGCUGGCACAAUUAAUCGUGCGCUGAUCCUCCAGGAGGCGACGAAUAUUAGUGUUCUCGCACACAAAUCACUAUCACAGACAGGUGGUUUAGCACCAAAUAUUCCUUCAAAAGUCGCUUAUGAUAGCCCACCUGGUCGAGGUGUAUACUAUAAUGAUGUAGUCCUAAAUAAAGAAGCAGAAAACAGUCUGAAUUAUUUGCAACAUUCUCAUAAGCAAAGGAGCAAUAAAUCUGAAGCUGCCGAAGUGGUAGAAACAGUUGUAGGGACAUCUGAGGCUCGGGAGCCAGCUCUGGACAACACGGUGCUGCGUCGGGAGGGUGAGGCUCGGGAGCCAGCUCUGGACAACACGGUGCUGCGUCGGGAGGGUGAGGCUCCGGAGCCAGCUCUGGACAACACUGUGUUGCGUCGGGAGGGUGAGGCUCCGGAGCCAGCUCUGGACAACACGGUGUUGCGUCGGGAGGGUGAGGCUCCGGAGCCAGCUCUGGACAACACGGUGUUGCGUCGGGAGGGUGAGGCUCGGGAGCCAGCUCUGGACAACACGGUGUUGCGUCGGGAGGGUGAGGCUCGGGAGCCAGCUCUGGACAACACGGUGUUGCGUCGGGAGGGUGAGGCUCGGGAGCCAGCUCUGGACAACACGGUGUUGCGUCGGGAGGGUGAGGCUCGGGAGCCAGCUCUGGACAACAAGGUGCUGCACUCGGGGGUUGAAGGAAGAGCAAGUGGAAGCUUCCCUCACGUCAAGGUCGCUAUUGACGGCAGGUUCGCCAGGGACCACUUCCACCACUUCUGGCGUAGCACGGGACUCUGUCCGCCGUCGCCACACACCAGCCCGCGGCCCUUCUUGCUCAGUCUCGACCACACACUCAACUUGGCUCUCAUUGGUUCUCUACCUCAUCAGGCAGUUCGCCAAGUUCGCAUUCAUUGGCUGCUGGACUUGGUACAAGGCAGCAUUGAGAAGGGUAUACCAAGGUACAACUUCAGCCAGCUGGACCGCCUGCUGGACCACCUGCAUCACUACCAGCUACGACCAGGCUUCGAGCUCAUGGGCAACCCAGGCGGACUCUUCACUAACCUGGAAAACCACACUCAGGUGGUCUGGUGGAGGAGACUCGUCGCUCACACUGCCACCAGAUACAUUGGUCGCUACGGGCUGCCGUGGGUGACCUCCUGGCUCUGGGAGACCUGGAAUGAACCCGACCACCACGACUUUGACAACCUAAACUUCACCGUUCAAGGUUUCCUUAAUUACUACGAUGCGUGCCGGGCUGGGCUGGAGGAUGUGUCGCCCAGGCUGGUGAUGGGCGGCCCUGGGGGCUCCUGCAGGGACCCGGGCUUCUCCACCCUGUGUUGGGCGCUCCUACAACACUGCCACAACGGCUCCUCCAUCUUCAACCCGGCCUCGCCUCCCACAAUUGACUAUAUCUCCUUCCAUAAGAAAG